AUGGGUGUCCGUGAAGCAGAAGGGCGUGAAACACUCGAAAUCAAGUCACGCUAUGAAGUCGACACAACACGGCUGAUAGAUCCUGUUCCCAGUGUUGAUUGUUCGGGUGGUAAAAAACUUAAAGGGAGAACACCUUCCCCGACUUCCCCCGAGAAAUUGUCACUUCAGGGUAAAAAUCACACAACUGCAUCGGCUUCGGUUGUUUCUCCCUCUAAAAAGUUGCAAAAACCUUCUGCAACGACCUCAAUGCAAAGUCCUUCAGCCCUAUCCUCAUGUUCAUAUCCCAUAAUGAUAAUAUUAUUUAUAACCGUUAUUUUAUUGGGUGUGACAUUCGAUUCAUUUCUUUACUAUCAGAAAGACCCGAUCGGGUGCGAGGUUUCGUACAUGUAUCCAACGUACCUAAGACAAGAUGGUUUUGACAGCGAGCAAACACGAUUCGCGGGAAAAUAUGGACUCUAUUUGUAUAGGGAUUCGUCAUAUGAUCGCAACGAUCAACCUAUAGGAAUUCCGGCCCUCUUCAUUCCAGGCAAUGCCGGUAGUUAUAGGCAGGUUAGAGCCAUAGCUUCGGAGACAUCAAAAAUAUAUUACGAGAAUAGAUCGGAAUUAUGGAACGAUGGUUUGAGACCAAUCGAUUUUUUCACAGUCGAUUUUAAUGAAGAAUUAUCCGCAUUUCACGGACAUUCCCUGCUUGAACAGGCAGAGUAUCUCAAUGAUGCAAUCAGGUACAUUUUAUCGUUGUACCCAUUGGCUAGAAAGAAUCUACAGACUGAUCCAUCGUCACAGGUUUAUCCUGAUCCUACCGCUGUAAUUAUAAUUGGUCAUUCGAUGGGAGGAGUGGUUGCAAGAACUUUGUUCACAAUGCCAAAUUAUCAGCCUGGAUCUAUUAAUACGAUUUUGACGAUGGCAUCACCUCAUCUUUUACCACCCGCACCAUUCGAUUGGCAAAUAAGCAAAAUAUAUAAGGACAUUAAUGAAUUUUGGAAAAAUGGAUAUUCUCAGAAUUCAACCGAAAAUUCGUUAGACGAUGUAACUUUAAUUUCAAUCGUCGGUGGAAAUUUGGACACGGUGGUUUGUUCCGAUUCAGCAAAUAUAAGCCCUCUCGUUCCAGCAUCAAACGGCUUUACGGUAUUUACGACAUCCAUCCCUAAUGUGUGGACGGCAAUGGAUCAUCAAUGUAUUCUAUGGUGCAACCAAUUGGUAGGAGUUGUAGCGAAUUCAUUAUUAAGUGUCGUCGAUGUCAGACGAGCGGUUCAGACGAAGCUGAGGUCAGAAAGAAUGUCGGCGUUUCGCAAGGUCCUCUUGACCGGACUCGAAGAACAUGCUGAACAAGAGCUCAAUGAAAUCAAAAGAGAACCUUUUGGGAUCAUAAAUUUGGAAAAGUUGUCUCAUCGGUUUUUGGACAUGGGACAGAGACUUGUAUUGAGCGAUGCGGAGUCAACACCACAAGUAUAUCUAAUGCCCAUACCACCAUCCGCGCCUCACUCUGCCUUAAAUGCAUUUUCUUUUUUAACCGGUCAAUCACUUUUCGAAGAUUCUGGACUUAGUGUACUUUUGUGUCAUGUUAUGCCGACGGAAGUACCUGAGCCUCAUGGCAAAAAAGACUUUUCCCUAAAUGAUUUAUCAUUGCCUACUGCGCCUAGACUUUCGUGUCAGGUGGUACAUGAUGAUGUUUUAUUGGUGCCAGCUUCGACAUUUGAGGUGGAUCAACCUUUUUCAGGGCAAACUUUUAACUUUCUGAAGUUAAAGGUCGAGAAAUUGGGUGAUUAUCAGUAUAUAGUCGUCAUGUUUCGCAAAGAUUUUGCCAUGAAGGGUUUCUUGAUUGGAGAAUUCUAUGAUGAAAGAACGUCGAUGAUGGAAGUUAAUACAACGAUUAAAGAUCUUUUGUGGGACGGAAUUCACAUCGACAUAUUUCCCGAGCACAAUACUUUAGUAUCCACGCUUCGAAUUCCUGUAAUUGAAAGUAGUCUGUUAACUUACAAGAUAUCGGUUCGUCGUAAUGAAUGCGCUGGCAAGCAACUCUUCGCACCAUUCCUAAGGCAAUCAAUUUCUUCGAUGUACGAGUCGAAAUUUCUGGUUAACUUUGUAAAUGCAGAUCUAAAUACUCAUGGACAAGCACCUUUUAUCACGCCCGUCACUUCUCCGCAUUUUAAAAAGGGAAUUGAAUUACAAUUCUGGAUGGAUCCCACGUGUUCUGCACCAAUGUCAGUUGAUAUUGAAUUGGAUUUAUAUGGAAGUUUUGGAAAAAUGGUCAUGCGUUUCCAAACUAUUCUGGUUGUGUUUCCUUUCAUCACAAUCGUGAUGACCCUAAGGGCACAACUAAGAGAAUACAACCGUGGUGAACCAUUUCCGAGUUUUGUUCACGGAUUGGCACUUUUCAUACGUCAGACAUUGCCAAAAUUCCUUAUUGCUGUAUCCAUUCUGUCAGUUUAUCAGUCAAUCAUUAUAUCCUCAAAGACACACACGUUGGUGGAGCAUUUUAUCAUGGGAUAUGCACCUGAGGGUUUACAGAAAGCUAUUGUAGAUAAAGUUUCGUUUGACUUGAAUGAUACUUUGUUGGGAAACCAAGAUCCAUUUUUCUGGUUCUUGCCUCUCAUUUUUAUUUUCGUUAGUAUUGGUGUAACUACCAUUUUUUGGCUUCUUUUGGAAGGAAUUAUCAGAAUGUUGGUUGUUGCCGCAGCGUACACGGGUCGAGAUCAAUUUACGACAAAACCAGCGAAAGGAACUCCUGAGUCAAAAAAAUCAAAACUGCGGCGUCGCAGUGUUACGACGGCUAUUCUUUUUAUUUUAGUGUCCUCGUUCGUCCCUUAUCAAUUCGCGUUCGUCGUCGCAUUUUUGGUCCACGUCGUUUCGUGCGUCCGAUCAUUAAUCGUUGCUCGGAAAGGGGUAUUUGAGAUACAUGUUUCUUUGGAUUUGGAUUUGUUUAGUUUCUGA